ACUAAAAAUGACUUCGAGAUUAGAUCGGUUGUUUAUUUUGCUCGAAUCGGGCUCGGCUGCGGUGACGCGUAAAGCGGCAGCCAAACAGAUCGGCGAGGUGCAGAAGCUCCAUCCGCACGAGCUACACCAUCUACUUAGCCGUCUGCUAACCUACCUGCACAGUAAUAGCUGGGAUACGCGUAUCGCUGCCUCACAGGCCGUCCAAGCAAUCCUCGAAAAUGUGCCGCAAUGGGAGCCGAAGGGCAUACCGAACCUCAAGGUAGAAACAAAAGAGGAACAACCACCGUCCACCGGGCAGCUCGAGGAGGAAGAGGAGGAAGAAAAAUCGUGCGAUUCAUCCAGCACCCAUGGCAGUGGCAACCGGAACGGCCACAACAACAACCAUCGGCUUUCGUUCGAUAAUUUCGAUCUGAACGCGGUACUGUUUAAGGGCGCCCGAUUGAUGGGCUCGGAAGGGACCGAGUUUGAUCCGCUGGAUGAGAACGAGAUGGUAGACUUGAGGGAAAAGCUUGCCCGCCAACGGGCACUGCUAAACGAAAAGCUUGGCCUAAGCAGUGGGCUCAACAUCGAGGAACUAGUGACGCUCGACGAUGUGCGUAAUAAUGGGAGUGGCAUGUCGGGGCAAAGAGAUCACCAGACGGGUGCUGGUGGGGAGCGUUUAGUGCCCGUGCAGGAGAUACUGAAGCUGAAUCGGGCCGAUUCAGUCGAAGGGUUAAGCUGCCGGGAGAAGAACCGUGCCCGAAGAAAGGCACGCCAACAGCAGCAAGCAUUUCAAAACCCAAUCGGUGCGGUUAUGGGUGGUGGUGGUGGUGGAGGAACGGGUGGAAGUGUGGGUGCAGUUCCCACAUCCGUUGCUGGAAAUGGUUCGAAUGGAAUGAUGGCAGCGUCGUCAGGCACGGGCCACCAAAACUCAGACACCAGUACCACCGGGGAACCUGAUCGGAAACGAAUUAAGACGGAAAAAGGUGAUCUUACCGCUACAACUGGAGGGACUGCUGCAAGUGCAGGUAGUGGUGGUGUGGGUCCAGGCGUGCCGGGUGCCUGGACGGGUGAGGCAGUACCCGAUCUAACUGGAGCCUGGGUCGAUGCCACCGACUGGCCGCUGGAUUCAUUUUGCUCGAAACUAUUCCUAGACCUAUUUAGCCCGCGCUGGGAGACUCGUCACGGUUCCGCCACCGCACUGCGUGAACUGCUAAAAUCCCACGCGGACGGUGGUGGUAAAAGUGUACAUAUGACGAAAUCGGAGAUGGAUCAUCAGCAUCAACUUUGGCUAGAGGACGCAACAUUGCGUCUCCUGUGCGUGCUUGCAUUAGAUCGUUUCGGUGACUUUGUAUCCGAUCAGGUUGUAGCACCUGUCAGAGAAACUUGUGCCCAAGUACUCGGCACAGUACUACGUCAACUACCGCUAGCCAAAGUGCAUCAAACAGUCGCCAUUUUACUGACGUUUGUAAAGCAAAAAGAAUGGGAAGUACGGCACGGUGGACUGCUCGGCAUCAAGUACAUGCUGGUCGUUCGGGAAGAUCUUAUCCAAACGUUUCUCCCGGUCAUCAUAAACGACGUGUUGACAGGGCUGUUCGAUGCGGUGGACGAUGUGGGUGCCGUUGCCGCAUCCACACUCAUCCCGAUCGCUACCUGGCUACCGAAGCUGCUCAGUCGGGCGCAGGUAUCGCACAUCGUUAAGCUACUCUGGGAUCUACUGCUCGAUCAGGACGAGUUAGCGUCCGCAUGCAACAGCUUUAUGGGGCUGCUUGCCUCCAUCCUGAGCCUACCGUCCGCAUCCAGCUGGAUCCAGAUGGAACCGAUGUCGAUACUGGUGCCACGACUCUGGCCCUUCCUUAGCCACUGUAGCUCCUCCGUGCGGCGAUCGACACUACAAACGCUUAAAACACUCACAACGGCCUCGGCUGAAGAAAAGCAAAGGGAGGAAGCAGCCGGAACCAAUGGAGGAGGCUCCACGACUCCACCGUCUUCCAAUGGAAAAUCGACCGAACCGGUAAAUAGUACCGUGCUGACCGUACCCGCCACGGAGGAAGCAAAGCUGGGACUUAACUUCGGUGUGAAAGAUUGGCCACCACCGCUGCUACAGGAGGCGCUUCGGCACAUCUUCCAGCGCGUGCUCGUCGAGCACGUGGAGGACAUACAGUCGCUCGCGGAAGAUGUGUGGAACAAUUUGGUUGUGAAUGCGGAACUGUCCGCGCUACUACAUGCCUCCUGUCCGUACGUGUCCAGCUGGCUUUGUCUCGCAAUGCAACCGGUACGGUUAGCGUUUGAUCCGGGGUCACUGAUCUAUGCCAAACCGAUCCAACAUCAGACCGGUGGCAAUCGUGAACGAAGACCCCGUCAAUUUGAUUCGUUCGAUACGGGUGGUGGUGCAGGAGGUACUGCUGGAGGUGGUCAUUUAUCUUCCUGCUCGUCGUCCUCCGGCUCACUACAUCAGAAGCUUUUCCUCGGAGGCGCAGAAACCGUUCCUCUGGAUGUGCGAGAGAAGAACGUGGUACGGGCCCGUUGCAAAGCCUCCCGAAUGAUUGGUUUAUUGUCACGGUACCUGGUAUUGCCGGCUCCGGGCGUUACCUACACACCGGAAACGGAAAGUCCUAUCGAUUGCUAUACCAAAGUUCUAAUCGGCUAUCUUCAGUCCCGCUCAGCUCUACAACGUUUGAUCAGCAGUCUCGUCAUUGCGUACUGGUGUUCUUUCGACACCACCAUCCAGCCUGGUCCACCAGUACUUCAGGAGCGUUUGCGUGCCUGUCUCAACGAGUACGUGUACUACGACGAAGUUGGUAUCCUGUUUACCCGCCUGCUGCAAGAGUGCCGUGACUAUAUGGCCACCCUGAAGCAGCACAAGGUACAGCUGGCCGAGUACGAGCAGCUGAAAGUCCUGACGCUCGAUCAAAUCUACCAAAUAGCGAUCGCCAUCGGAUGGUCCGCCGAUGAGAUGCGCACCAAGUACUGUCUCAAAACGAAGGUCGCCGAACUGUUGGAGGAUCGGCGAAAAAGUUUGCUCGCAUCACACUCCGCUACUGCACUGGAGCAGACGACACUGCACAUUAGCACACAGUCGUCAGUGUCCGGAGCCGUCGUCAGUUUGCGCUGUCUGCCGGAGCGCCUAAAUCCGGUCGUAAAACCUCUGAUGGAAUCGAUCAAGCGCGAAGAAUGCGAACUGUUGCAACGGCUUUCGGCGAAAUAUUUAAGCGAUCUGCUUGAUCAGGUCACGUCACGCACACCCUGUCCAAAUAGUAAAAUUGUCACCAACCUUUGCACGCUGCUUAAAAGUGAUCCAGAAUUUACGCCCCGUGUACUGUGUCCGGAUCAGGAGCUGGCACAUUUCGAUUCUAACACAACGGAUGACUCGAACCCCUACCACGGCAUCCUAACGCUCAGUAAGCAGCAUCAACGCUGUAAAGAAAAUGGCGGCGGUGGAGGAGGGCCCAGUGGAGGAUCACCCCGAGGUCCAGGGAGACCGGCCGCAAGCACCACCAUUUCGGCAGCGCUCGAUCUUUCCGCGUCCUCCUCCUCCGCGAACAGCACCAAUGCCGCACUGGACGAACUGUUGGGACCGUCGGAAAGUGAAGAAACGCAACGGAAGCAUGCUCGCACGCAGCGGCUCGGUGCGACGGCCGCCAUUACGACGAUUUGUGCCCAGUUCGGUUCGCAGCUCCCCCACAAGUUGCCCAUCCUUUGGCAGCUGCUGCUCGAUAAACUUCAAUCCCGCGUCGACGAAACGUACAUCGAUCGGCUAGCGCUGGAUGUGAUUGCACAGGAUGAGACGAACGAUUUUAUGACCUCGUUGCAGCUGCUGGAAGUUGCUGCGCCGUAUUUGAACGUUUCCCUCCACACGCAGUUGUUUGAGCUGUUACCCAAGCUUUGCCUACUGUUGCGACAUCCGCUGAAAGGUGUGCGGCACAUGGUGGGACGCUGUUUAGCAACACUGGCCGCAGUCGAUGCAGCGACAGUAAUGACACUGAUCAUAAACGAUGUCGUACCGUUGCUGUCCUGCAUUGAAAGCGUUAUCAAGCGGCAAGGUGCAGCGGAAGCCAUUACGUGCAUCGUUAAUCGGUUGCAGUUUGAAAUUGUUCCGUACGUGGUGUUGCUCGUUGUGCCACUGCUCGGUCGUAUGAGCGAUCCGGAUCAAUCGGUACGGCUCGUUUCAACGCACUGUUUUGCGACGCUUAUCCAACUGAUGCCACUGGAUGGACUUGCGGCGGAUAGUGGCGGUACGCGCAAUCUAUCCGACGAUCUUCGUCAGCGUAAGAUGAAGGAUCGCCGAUUCCUGGAGUAUCUGUUUUCGCCAAAAACAAUCCCAGACUUUCAGAUACCGGUCAAGAUUAAUGCGGAACUGCGCAGCUAUCAGCAGUCGGGCGUGAAUUGGUUGUGGUUCCUGAACCGUUACAAACUGCACGGUAUCCUGUGCGAUGAUAUGGGUUUGGGGAAAACGUUGCAAGCUAUCUGUAUCCUAGCGGCGGAUCAUCAUCAGCGAAGUCUUGAACCGGGCUGUGCUCAGCUGCCGAGUAUCGUCAUCUGUCCACCAACGCUCACCGGGCAUUGGGUGUACGAGGUGGAGAAGUUCCUGCCGAGUCGAUUUCUACGCCCACUGCAUUACGUUGGACUUCCGGGCAAUCGGGAGCAGUUACGUCAGAAGCUGGGCACUUACAAUCUGAUCGUCGCAUCGUACGAUAUCGUGCGAAAGGAUAUAGAGUUUUUCGGUUCGGUACAGUGGAACUACUGCAUUCUCGACGAAGGACACAUCAUAAAGAAUGGGCGUACGAAAAGCUCGAAAGCGAUCAAGCAGCUGGUAGCUAACCAUCGCCUAAUACUGUCCGGUACACCGAUACAGAACAAUGUACUGGAGCUGUGGUCAUUGUUCGAUUUUCUAAUGCCAGGAUUUCUCGGUACCGAGAAACAGUUCAGUACGCGCUUUAGUCGCCCGAUACUGGCGAGUCGAGAUCCGAAAAGUUCACCAAAGGAGCAGGAAGCGGGUGCACUGGCGAUGGAAGCCCUGCACCGGCAGGUUUUGCCAUUCCUGUUGCGACGCGUUAAGGAGGAUGUGUUGACUGAUCUGCCGCCAAAGAUUACGCAAGAUUUGCUGUGUGAGUUGAGCCCGUUGCAGGAGCGGCUGUACGAGGACUUUAGCCGGAUGCAUAUGCACUCGUCGGACAUACGGGAAUGUUUGGAAAAUAUCGACGGUCAGAUGGCGGGACCAGCCAACAAGAAGACGCACGUGUUCCAGGCAUUAAGAUAUCUACAAAAUGUAUGCAAUCAUCCGAAGCUGGUACUGUCUCCAUCGCAUCCCGAGUAUCAGAUGAUUGUGGGUGAGUUUACGCGCAACGGCUCGUCCAUGGAUGAUAUUGAGCAUUCGGCGAAGCUUCCCGUCUUAAAACAACUAUUGCUCGACUGUGGCAUCGGUACCAACGAGGACGUGUCGGUGAAUCAACACCGAGCGCUAAUAUUUUGCCAACUAAAAGCGAUGCUUGACAUCGUCGAAAAUGAUCUCCUGAAGAAGCAUCUGCCAGCGGUGUCGUAUCUGCGCUUGGAUGGCAGUGUACCGCCUAGCACGAGGCAUCACAUCGUAACCAAGUUUAAUGGUGAUCCUAGCAUCGAUGUACUCCUGCUAACGACACAGGUUGGUGGUCUUGGCCUAAAUCUAACCGGUGCCGAUACGGUCAUCUUUGUAGAGCACGACUGGAACCCCAUGAAAGAUCUGCAAGCAAUGGAUCGUGCGCACCGUAUCGGCCAAAAAAAGGUCGUCAACGUGUACCGGCUGAUAACGCGCAAAUCGUUGGAGGAGAAAAUUAUGGGUCUGCAAAAGUUUAAACUGCUUACGGCCAACACGGUGGUAAGCGAUGAGAAUGCGUCAAUGGAUACGAUGGGUACGGAUCAGCUGCUCGAUCUGUUUACGCUAGCUAAUGAUGGUGGCAAACAGCAGCAGCAGCAGCAGCGUGUUGCAGCACCAACACCACCAUCAGGUUCCGAUCGACGGUUGCGUUCAGCGACAAAUAAUAGCAGCAGCAGUAGCAGUAGUAGCAGCAGCGCCAACACUGCCAACACCGAACUACUGGAAUCGAAUGGUAAUAGUAGUGGGGUGGCUAUUAAAACGGUUCUCGAGAGUUUGCCCGAGCUGUGGGACGAUAGUCAGUACCACGAGGAGUACGAUUUGUCACAGUUCCUUGAAGGGCUUAAAAAAACCCGCCAACAAUAA